GCUCUUGUUCACUUCCCUUUUAGGCAUCUUACUGUCUUUUCUUUUUUCUUUUUUAAAGUUCUCUGCUUUAUCAAGAGACAAGGAUGAUGGUUGUGCUAGAUUUGAUCGGUAGUGGACUGGGUGUAGGAAUUAGGAUGGACAGCAUUUCGUACCGGUCGUGCAUGGAAGAGGGUUCUCUUUUAUUAACGUUUAUGACGAUUAUUGAGCUCAAAGCUGUAUUGCGAGGCAAUUGGAAGUGAAGAGAAGACUUUGUUAGAUGUAUGCAGAUAUUUGAGGGGCUGCAAGGAGAGCGCGUUUACCUUUUCUUUAUGUAAACCUCGUGACUGAAACCAAAUCAUGAAUUGACUAACUCAAUGGAGUUCUCAUCGAGCCAAUUCUGGUCCUUUUCGAGUAAUUGUAUGUUGUGAUCAGUUUUUCUUUUCUUUUCCCCCUUCUAUAGGAGAAGGGCAAUAAGUUUUGCGGUGCUUGAUUUUGGUGUAGUUUGCCAAGGCCUGCAAUGUUUGCCAUUUUCUCACUUUUGACAAGAUUGCAGCCAAGGGGAAAAAACCAUCGAAUUAUUACUUAGGGAUGAUCUUUACUCGAGCAAUCUCAUCUUUUCUGGAUAUUUGCUCACCAGCAAUUCUUCGUUCCGUGAAUGGUGUCUUGGCCGUGAUAUGCAGUGUUCUUGUAUACGAGAUAAUGACACUAUUGAGACCCAGGGUCAACGAUAGGAAUGCUACAGCAUGUGCAGUGGUUUUAGCAUUGUAUCCUCUACAAUGGUUCUUCACUUUCCUGUAUUACACUGAUGCUGCAUCCCUUACUAUGGUUCUGGCCAUGUAUCUCGCUUGCUUGAAGAAGAGAUACUGGAUAAGUGCACUACUAGGUGCCUUGUCUGUAAUUGUAAGGCAAACAAAUAUUGUAUGGAUGCUUUUUGCUGCCUGUGCUGGAAUUAUAGACGUUACUCUUCUUUCUGGAAAGUGUCAUGUAAAAGUAGCUGAUAUUGAUGGUUCAAUCAAUGACCCAAGUCAGCCAAUUCAGAAGAAUAGUAAUAUCAGCUCAAAUUUGAGAAGGCGAAAGAACAAUGGUGCAGUGGAUACUGAUGAAAUUGUUAGACCUACUGCAAAUAUCCUUUCAUCUGAGAUGCCAGGUUUGCUAGAUGAGAUUAAGGCCAUUUUGUUAACUUCUUGGCAUAUGAAGUGGGACAUUUCAGUGCAAUUUGUACCCUUUGUCAUGAUCCUCAUGGCCUUUAUUGCAUUCAUCAGGUGGAACGGAGGCAUAGUGCUUGGUGCGAAAGAUGCACACGCUGUUUCUCCUCAUUUUGCACAGGUAAUGUACUUUGGUCUGGUUUCUACACUUGCCAUGGCUCCUGUGCAUUUCUCGUGGGGUCAAGCUACAAGAAUCUUCGAGUCUUUGUGGAGAAAUAGACCUCUAAGUUUUCUUCAAGUUCUUUUGGCUAUUUGUGCCAGUUUCCUCUCAGUUCAUUUUUUCAGCAUGGCCCAUCCCUACCUCCUUGCUGAUAAUCGGCACUAUCCGUUCUAUCUAUGGCGGAAGGUCAUCAAUGCACACUGGUCCAUGAAAUAUCUUCUGGUUCCGCUUUACACAUACUCAUGGCUUUCAAUUUUCAGUGUUUUGGGAAGGUCUCAAAAAAGGAUCUGGAUUGUAGCUUAUUUUCUAGCUACCGCCGCAGUUCUUGUUCCUGCUCCAUUGAUCGAGUUCAGAUAUUACACUGUGCCGUUCUAUCUUUUGAUGCUGCAUUCUAAUGUUACUGAUAAUCAAAAUUGGUUCCUGAUGGGCUUCCUCUAUGUAGUGACAAAUAUUUUCACAAUGUCAAUGUUUUUAUUUCGACCGUUCCAUUGGGAUCAUGAGCCUGGGAUUCAGAGAUUUAUAUGGUAGCCUCUAGAAAUAGAAAAGGUCUACAGUAUGGGUGCACCUCUUGAUUAUAGAUAUUUAGGCUUGUCCUUGCACCAAAAACUGAUGCAAGAAUCUUCUCAGCCCAUUAUGUUGUGGGGGCGUCCAUGAAUUGCUUCAAAUGGAAAUGAUGACUAUAUUCCUCAAAUGGCGUAUUGCACGACCUUAUUUACCGCAGCCGAUGAUGAGCGAACCCCUGUUCUACUUUUAACUUUCAAAUGAGCGCCAAGCACUAAGCACAGCACUUUUUUCGCCCAGUGUAUUGUCUUCUGGUUUUUAACUACGUGCGUGGACUCGAAAUGUAUUGUCAGUUACAAUCACAUUUACAUUUUUAAUAUUUGUUAGACCGAACCUUUUUGUGUAUAUCUUGGCAACAUGUAGGGUGCCUUGAACUGAAAGAGAGCUGCUUGUUAGCUCUUCCCUUUUGAUCCUGUGUUUCCCUGGGACAAGUCAGGACUUUCAUUACUUGUGCUUUGCUGAUAAGUGAAAGUGGCUUAAGGUUUUACCAAUUGAUGAUCAAAAUAUAAUUUAACGUUAGAGUGUCGUGGAUUGGCUAAUACAUGUAAAAUUUGUGUGUUGUGAAAGUUUCACGUGUUGCAAGUUAAGGGAUAAAGUGUGCAUGAGUCUAAAUUUCUAAGAAAGGCAAAAGGUAAAAAUUGCUAGUCAAAAUCUAAUUAUAGUUUGAAAUGAAAUUAUAGAUUAUAAUUUAUAACUUUGAAUUCCUUUAAUUUUUUCUUGAUAGUUUCUUCAGAUGAAAGUAUAUUAUUAUCUUUGCCAAUACACAAUGCAUAUCAAUUUUCUAAGGAAAAUGAAAAAAGAAAUCGUGAUGAUUAACAUUAUCUAAAUUGAUGGAUACUCAAUGUCUCCAUCUCUACUACUGUGUCGUUGACUUUGGAUGUUUAGUAUGUGUCAAGAUCGAGCAGUUCAACUUUGCUGCCAAGUGGGGUGGCAAAUGAUGGCCAACACUACCCUGCUUUGCCCUUUGAUGCGGUAGAGGGGGUGGACCAAGAGAGACCUGGUGCCCCCAUCGCCGUCGCUGUCUUCCAACUCUCCUCUACUCCAACUCCAAGGGCCCCAGGGCUUGAUCACUGGCUGAUGAUCUCAAUGUGGCAGGCUUUAGUCAACUUGAUCUUGUUCAUGAUGCUGGGUGUGUUUGUGCACGUACCAUUCCUGGAAGUUUUUCAGAUCUGGCUCCAAAGUUGGCUCAUCCACAUUGAGGUUCUCUUUUGAUCAUAUUUGAUUAUUUCUUUAAAUCGUUGAGAAAUAAGUUUUUUCUUAAACUUAGGGUUAAAGUUUGGGUGUUGGUGUAUUGCCUCGGAUGCUUUGGUUAUGAAAAUUUUGUUUUAGGCUAUGGAUACAGAAUCACGAUAUUUUUGUUUCUUUCACUAGUCAACUAAGCAAUAUUAUAUAGAAAAGAGAGGAGUGUACAAGAUAAUCACAAGAGCUGUCCCGAAAUUACAAAACCAAAAGUGAGAGUAUCAGUGGCUUUAACUGGAAGAACGAAAGGAGGAUUGGGCAUUUUUAAUAUUUAAAGUAAGGUUCCUUCUAGCUAGUUCAUGGGCUGUCAUGUUUGCUGAGCUUGGAUUCCAACUUGCUGUUACGGAGGACUUCUCUGUCACAAUGUCUUAACAUCAUUUAUGAUGGCUUCCAUUGACCAAGGAGACUCUGAAGAAGAUAUACUUUGAUUGCAUUUAGGUUAUCUCCCUCUAAAAUGAUGUGUUGCCAGCUUCCUGAUCUUGCGAGUAGAGAUUUAAUUUUUGUUGUCCAUGCUUCUUCUUGUUCUGUUGUGAGUUUAUCUCCAAGAUCCAACCAACAUCAGCACCUCUCUAAAAUGAUCUCUUUCUAUUGCUGACACUGAACAUGUUUCUUGUAUAAAUGCAGUUCCUCGGGGUGGUCUGCUCCAAGUAAAAUCCUUCUUGAUGUCAUUUCCUGCAAGUGCGAUUGAGCAUUUAGUGUACUUCUCUGUGAAAUAUCCAAUAUGGAAUUUUGUUGAGGUUGUUCUUGUCCUUAAAUGCAUUUAUCUAAUCUAAAAGCAGCCUUUCCAUGUUUG